AUGCAAGGCUCUUCACAUCAAGUGAUCCCUAUAUUCAAUGGGGAGAAGUAUGACUUCUGGAGUAUUAAGAUGGCAACCAUACUCCGAACCAGAAAACUAUGGUCGGUGGUUGUCGAAGGCGUACCGCCUGAACCGGUGCAAGGAGAAGAAACCCCUGCAUCACAAAGAGCAAAGACGCUUAGAGAAGAAGCGGUUACAAAUGAUACGUUGGCAUUGCAGAUUCUGCAAACUGCCGUAACGGAUCAAAUCUUCUCACGCAUUGCAGCAGCAUCAACGUCAAAGAAGGCGUGGGAUGCAUUGAAAGAUGAGUACGAAGGUUCUCCUCAAGUGAGAUUGGUUAAACUCCAAUCAUUACGUAGAGAAUACGAAAACCUAAAAAUGUAUGAUGGUGAUGACAUCAAAACAUUCACCGAUAAGUUAGUUGUUCUGGAAAACCAGUUAACGUAUCAUGGAGAAAAGAAAUCAAGUUCUCAACUCAUACAGAAGAUACUCAUCUCUCUCCCAGCCAAGUUCGAUAGCAUCGUUAGUGUUCUAGAGCAAACUCGCGAUCUAGAUUCACUAACAAUGUCAGAACUUAUUGGUAUAUUAAAGGCACAAGAAGCCAGAGUUGCUGCAAGAGAAGAAAGCACAAAUGAGGGAGCAUUUUAUGUUCGCUCCAAAGGAAGAGAAUCCGGUUUCAAAAAGGACAACACCAACAGCCGGGUCAAUCAAGGCAAGAAGUGGUGUGAGUUUUGCAAAAGAGGCAAUCACACAGAAGAAGAAUGUCGGUCCAAACCGAAGAAAAACGAUCAAAGCAAGAAUCAGAAAAGUAACGUGGAGUGUUACAAAUGUGGUAGGAUCGGCCACUACGCACACAAGUGUCGCUCUAAGAACAAAGAGAGAGCACAUGUAAGUAUCGAAGAAGAAGACUUGAAUGAAGAUCAUAUGUUGUUUAGUGCAAGUGAGGAAGAACCAACAACGUUAAGAGAAGACGUUUGGCUGGUGGACAGCGGCUGCACAAACCAUAUGACGAAAGAAGAGAGAUACUUCUCAAGUAUCAACAAAAGUGUCAAAGUGCCGAUAAGAGUCGGCAAUGGAGACAUAGUCAUGACUGUUGGUAAAGGAGAUAUUACCGUCAUGACAAACCAUGGCAAAAGAAUCAUCAAAAAUGUUUUCUUAGUGCCUGGUUUGGAGAAGAACCUAUUGAGUGUUCCUCAAAUCUUCUCAAGCGGCUAUCAAGUACGUUUUGAAGAUAAGAGAUGCAUCAUACAUGAUGCAAAUGGCAAGAAGAUCAUGGACAUUGGUAUGACGAACAAAAGCUUCAAGAUCAAGUUAAGUUCAGUCGAGGAAGAAGCCAUGACGGCAAAUGUUCAUAUGGAAGAAACAUGGCACAAGAGACUUGGCCAUGUAGGCAAGAGACGCUUACAAGAAAUGCAAGACAAAGAUCUGGUAAAAGGAUUACCAAGUUUCAAAGUCGAGAAGGAAGCAUGUAAGGCGUGUAAUCUUGGAAAGCAAUCACGCAAGAGCUUUCCAAAAGAAUCUCAAACUAAGACGAAAGAAAAGCUUGAGAUUGUGCAUACGGAUGUAUGUGGACCGAUGCAAAACCAAUCGAUCGAUGGAAGCCGCUACUAUGUGUUGUUUUUGGAUGACUAUACUCACAUGUGUUGGGUAUAUUUCCUAAAACAAAAGUCAGAGACUUUUUUAAAGUUUAAGAAGUUCAAGGCAAUGGUCGAGAAGCAAUCGGGAUGUGUGAUCAAAACAUUAAGAUCCGAUGGUGGUGGUGAAUUCACAUCUCACGAGUUCAACCGGUUCUGUGAAGAAGAAGGCAUCAAUAGGCAAGUCACGUUGCCUUACUCACCACAACAAAAUGGUGCUGCAGAACGCAAGAAUAGAUCCUUAGUGGAGAUGGCAAGAUCAAUGAUUGUUGAGCAAGACUUACCGCUCAAGUUAUGGGCAGAAGCGGUAUACACCUCAACAUACUUGCAAAACCGUUUACCAACAAAGGCGAUCGAAGAUGAUGUGACGCCAAUGGAGAAAUGGUGUGGGCACAAACCAAACGUGUCACACUUGAGACUAUUUGGAAGCAUAUGCUAUGUGCAUAUACCAGAUCAGAAAAGAAGAAAGCUAGACGCAAAGGCAAAGCGUGGUAUCUUGAUCGGUUAUAGCAAUCAAACCAAAGGUUAUAGAGUUUUUAUCUUGGAGGAUGAGAAGGUUGAAGUAUCAAGAGAUGUUAUCUUUGAAGAAGAUAAAAAGUGGGAUUGGGAGAAACAAGAAGUUAAGAAAAACUUUUUCUUACCCAUAAACGAAGCACAAGAGCCUAGAGAUCAAUCAAAUGAUCGGGGAACAAAUGGAGAAGGGGCAAGCAACAAUAUCAACGAUCAAGUAGAUCAAGUCAGUGAUGCUUUCAAUCAACUACAAAUCUCAGAAGAAGAAGGUCAAAACUCGGGUGCAGAAGGAGAUUCCUCAACGCCACCAAGAAAGUUCAAGUCUAUGAAAAGAAUCCUUGAAAAGGCGCCAAGAUUGGUGUAUGAAGAAGCGGAUCAAGUCAUAGAAGACUGUCUCCUCGCUCAUGAAGAACCACAAACUUAUGAUGAGGCUUGUGGAAAUGAAGAAUGGGAAGAAGCCAUGAAAGAGGAGAUAGAGAUGAUCGAGAAGAACAAAACGUGGAAACUAGUAGAUAAGCCAGAGAAGAAGAAUGUGAUAAGUGUGAAGUGGAUCUACAAGAUAAAGACAUAUGCAAACGGAAAUCACAUCAAGCACAAGGCAAGGCUAGUUGCGAGAGGUUUUUCUCAAGAAUAUGGAGUUGAUUACCUUGAGACAUUCGCCCCUGUCUCAAGACAUGAUACAAUCAGAGCAUUACUUGCUUAUGCGGCUCAAAUGGAGUGGAGAUUGUAUCAAAUGGAUGUAAAGUCGGCAUUUCUCAAUGGAGAGCUUGAAGAAGAAGUUUACAUCACACAACCGCCUGGGUUUGUGAUCGAAGGAAAAGAAGAAAAAGUAUUAAGGCUAUACAAAGCCUUAUAUGGUCUCAAACAAGCCCCACGAGCAUGGUAUGGAAGAAUAGAUUCUUAUUUCAUUCAAAAUGGUUUUGAAAGAAGUAUGAAUGAUGCGGCUUUGUACAUCAAGAAGAAAGGUGGAGACGUGUUGAUCGUGAGUCUAUACGUCGAUGAUAUCAUCAUCACCGGAAACAAUGUUCGUCUCAUCAACUCAUUCAAGGAGAACAUGAAAAAUGAGUUUGAGAUGACUGAUCUUGGUUUACUAAACUACUUUCUUGGUAUGGAAGUAAACCAAGAUGAUCGUGGCAUUUUUCUUUCACAAGAAAAGUAUGCAAACAAACUUAUUGAUAAGUUUGGGAUGAAAGAAAGCAAGAGUGUAAGUACACCACUUACACCACAAGGAAAAAGAGAAGAAGAUGGCAUAGAGUAUGGAGAUCCAACGAAGUAUAGGAGCAUUGUGGGAGGACUUCUGUACUUAUGUGCAUCAAGACCUGAUGUGAUGUAUGCAAGCUCCUAUCUAUCAAGAUACAUGUCAUCUCCGCACAUGAAGCACUAUCAAGAAGCAAAAAGAGUGUUACGGUACGUCAAGGGAACAUCAAGCUUUGGAGUGCUAUUCAAAAGUGCAAAGAUACCAAGACUCAUAGGCUACUCGGACAGCGAUUGGGGUGGUUCUAUUGAAGACAAGAAAAGCACCACAGGCUAUGUAUUUAGUCUUGGAUCAGCUAUGUUUUGUUGGCAAUCAUGCAAGCAACAAACAGUGGCACAAUCAACGGCGGAGGCAGAGUACAUCGCCGUAUGUGCAGCAACAAACCAAGCCAUUUGGUUACAAAGACUUUUUGAGGACUUUGGUUUAAAGUUCGAAGAAGGUAUUCCCAUAUUGUGUGACAACAAGUCGGCAAUAGCAAUUGGAAGGAAUCCUGUUCAACAUAGAAGAACGAAGCACAUAGAGAUCAAGUAUCAUUUCGUGAGAGAAGCCGAGCACAAAGGACUCAUUCAACUUGAGUAUUGCAAAGGAGAAGAUCAACUCGCGGACAUACUUACAAAGGCCUUAAGUGUUUCAAGGUUUGAAGAACUUAGGAAGAAGCUUGGAGUGAAGCCGAGAUAUGAUUAA